AUGCAUAUAUCUUAUCUUUAUCUUUCAAUAGUUUUUUUUCUUGUGUCAUGCUCGUGGUCUUAUAUUGUUGAAGAGGAUAGUGUUGGACCAUGGCAUGCAACAAAAUAUUUAACACGAUCCAAUUGGACAUCAUCAUUAAAAGCGAAUAAUCAAUCUACUAAACUUCAUCAUCCAGUAUGGUUUGUUUUUCAUUAUCUUACUUAUUGUGGAUUUUGUAAACAAGCAAAACCUGGAUGGGAAGCUGCUGCUCAAUAUGCAGCAGGUUGGUCAAGAUAUAUUAAAAUAGGUGCAUAUGAUUGUGCUGAUGAAGAAACAUCUCAAAAUGAUAUUUGUCAAGAUGAAGCAUAUCCACAAUGGCGAAUAUAUUGUCCAUUAACAAAUACAACACAUAUAGCAUUUGAUUCAGAACGACGAAAUUCAGAUACUAAACCAGAAGAUAUUUUAAUGUGGUCAAUAAGAAAAAUAAAUAAAAUAGCACCUCAAUGUUAUGGAAAAUCGUGGCCAAUUCGUCAUGUCAUUGAACCGCAAACAAUCGACGAUUUAAAUAAUAUCAUUCCUAAACAGAUAAAAAAAUUUCAACUAUUUGUUUCGGAUGAUGUUCUACUCUAUAGCCUUUAUGUAUUAAAUAAUUCUAAAACUGUUUUCAAAGAACCAAUUUAUCGUUUACAUGCACAAAAUCCAAUUAAACAUGGUGACGGUAUUUGGAAAGGUACGAGAAAUGAUAAUGGACAAAUAGAACUUGAAAAAACUGAUUCAACAAAAGCAAUGGGUACAUUUGUAUUACAUACAAAUACUGUUAGUGAUAGCGAUGAAUCUAAACAUAAAAAACUUGGCUCAUUGAAACCAACAUUAAGUGAUAUUGAUAGUUCACUUGUUUGGAUGAUUCAGAAGGAUAUUCGAAGGAAAUUACCGGCACUAUUUGAAGAUGUCAAAAGUUGGCUUAAUGUAGUUCAUACAUAUUAUCCUGGAAGUGAUACAAUGAAGAGCUUUCUUCAUGAUUUAAUUGAAUUUAUGAAUAGUCGUCCAACAUUAUCAUCAAAAGAAUUACAAAGUUAUAUUAAUUUAACAUCGUCAAUAAGUUUACCUAAAAUCGAAUUUAAUCAUUGCAAUGGCUCUGAUCCAAGUAAACGUGGUUAUACAUGUUCAUUAUGGCUUUUAUUUCAUAGUAUGACUGUUAAACAAGCAAUACUUGCAGAAGAAAAUAGAUUACCAGCGAAUGUUCAACCACCAGAUAUGAUCGUAUCAAUUCGGGAAUUUAUCCGUAAAUUUUUUCUUUGUGAAGAAUGUGUUAAACACUUUACCAAUAUGACAGCUAAUGCAGAAAAUGAAAUCAAUUCUUAUAAAGAAAGUGUUUUAUAUAUCUGGCGAGGUCAUAAUACAGUGAAUAAACGACUUCGUGAUGACGAACUUACUAAUGAUCCAGCAUGGCCAAAAGUACCAUUUCCAACUAAACAAGAAUGUAAUUCAUGUGUUCGUCAAGUCGAUGAAAAUAAUGAUGCUGUAGAAUAUGAUGAAAAUGAAACAUAUAAUUAUCUUAAAGAUUAUUAUAAUUUACACAAAAUAUCCGAGAAAAAAAGUGCAGCAAUUCAUUAUCGAUAUAAUCAAUUGGUAUUAUUAUUAUCAUCUCUUAUCGUAUUUUUUCGUUUUUAA